UCAAAAGUGAAUGAGAGUCUGCGGUGUGCAGUGCGUGUGUGCUAGUUAGGACGGGAGUUGCUGGGAUUCUUGUUCGAAUUUCGCCUCUCUAAAAAAAGUUUAAAAUAUAUUGUGCUACCACCCUGACUUCUACAAUGAGUGAUUCCUCGCCUAACACCCAGAACAUAGCAGAUUAUUUGGCACAAUUAAUUAAAGACAGAAAACAAAUAACUGCUUUCCCAAGCGUCUUUUUGCACGUUGAAAGGCUUCUGGAUGAAGAAAUCGCCAAGAUUCGUGGCAGCCUGUUCCAAAUAUCGGGAAAUGCCAAGCCUGAGGCAUUACCUGAACCACAGGGAACUGUGGUCAAUCUCACAGAGAAGGUCUACGUUCCAGUACGGGAACACCCAGAUUUCAACUUUGUCGGCCGGAUUCUGGGCCCCCGCGGCAUGACGGCCAAACAACUGGAACAGGAAACCGGCUGUAAAAUCAUGGUCCGCGGACGGGGCUCCAUGAGGGAUAAGAAAAAGGAAGAGAUGAACAGGGGUAAACAGAACUGGGAACACCUCAGUGACGACUUGCACGUACUCAUUACCUGUGAGGACUCUGAGAACCGCGCCAAGGCCAAGAUUCAGCGGGCCGUCGAAGAGAUCAAGAAACUCUUAGUGCCAUCGGCGGACGGUGAAGACGAGCUGAAGAAGCGGCAGCUGAUGGAACUGGCCAUCAUCAACGGCACCUACCGGGACUCGAGCAAGCCGAGCAGCGAGCAGACGGGCGCCGGCAGCGUCCCGGUGGCAGGCUCGCCAGGUGAGGCGGCCGGUCCGCGGCUGCAGCAGCUCGGUCAGAUGGCCGGCCUGGGCGGCCUGAUGACCACCAUGUGCCGCACGCCGGCCUCGCUGGGCGCGCCGCUGAUGCUCUCGCCGCGGAUGGCCGCCGGCACGGCGCUCAUCAACUCGGCUCCGCCUCCGCUCAUCUCAGCCGGCGACGCGGCGCUCAUGUACGCCCAGUACGCGCCCGACUACGCUGCGCAGUACGCGGCGGCGGCGCAGGCGCAGCUGACCGCGCCGCCGCCGCCGCUGCAGCUCUCCGACUAUGCGGCGGACAUCACUGGUGCCGCCGCCUCCAAGCACCGUCAGAUGCUGACCCAGGGCCGCGAACACCCCUACCAGCGGGUGGGCUCCAUGUCACAAAUGUAGCUCGCGCGCGCUCGCCAGACACCUGCGCCUCCUUCGAUCGGAGCAGAUGUGUCCGCUUGGCCGGCCAGAGCUAACCGUCCCGUAACGCCCCAUCGCCCGGCGGAGCCACGCGCCGCGAGGAGCGCCGACGGAUCAGCGGCGCCGUCUGCAAGUUGACGGCCGACGGGCGGAGCUGAGGGAGUGAGUGAGAGUGUGUGAGUGGGUGAGUGAGAGAGUGAGAGUGCCGGAUCGAGUCGAACGGGUGCCGAGUAGAGAUCUGGUCGCCGCACCCCACCCACGAAUCUCUCGCCAUGGUCUUUAGAGGGGUGCGGAGUUCGCCUGGGUAUUUUGGAGAUUUAUUUCUGAGAAAAAUCCAUAUGGGGAGUUUUCUAUAACAGUAGAGUAUCAUGAGCAGACGUGGCAGGUUUUAGGCGCGCCUUUCUGUGCUGGCAGCCGGAGCCCGCCUCUGAGAUUAUUGUGGGUGUCCGGCGGGAGGAUGGGUCAUGGCACCGCUCCGCAGCGUACAACUCUGAGUGCCAACAUUGGACUUUAAGGGGUGAGCUGGCCUCGCGCGGCCGCCACGCACAUUCAUAUUGCCAUCGGUGGUUUGAUUUGUACUUGUGUUUUGCCGCGCAUUUUUUUGUAUUUUCGCGCCACAGUGGAGUCUUGACCUUUUUGUUCGCUCGCCAGCCUCAUUUUACGUGGCAGCUGGCUGUGGGCGUCUAGGCCUACGUACUUAAUCUCAGCCCAGCUUUGUUUUUUAGACAGGCAGUUUGUACGUGCAAUUAUGGAGCGGAAAUCUCAUCAUACUUUCUGGUGCGUGGCUUUGUCAUGGCUGCCGGAGCGCUCAAACUAUACACCAGACUGGUUACUGAUCCACUGGUUUUUGAUUAGCUAUGUUGAUAAUUAUUAUUUUUAAUGUUUGACUCGCUUGUAAUGUGUGUAAACAGACUCUGCGUAUUUAAAGAAGGUGGUUUACUUUUAGAUUCACCUCUGAAUUACGUGCUCACAAUUAAAUUAUGGUUCAACCUAAAAUUUACUAUCUUUGAAGUAGCUCAGACAGUUUUACCGACAGAUAAACACAAAUUACAUGAAUUCAGCGUAACGAGUCCGAUUGGUAAAUUAAAUGGAUUGUAAAUCAGACCAGUGGAAUCAGUAACCAGCUUGUGUUUCACGCGAACCUGUUCAGCUUAUGUGCCCCGAACAUCGAGAAUCUGUGCCAAACGUGUGCCUUAACAACGUGUUUAAUGUACUAGAAGAUCACUUGUUUUCAUUUGAAUAAACGUAUAUUUAGAAUUGGU